GCUGGAGUCUGUGCGCUGCCCGCUCCGGGCACUCGAGUGCGGCGCCGCGAGCCCUGGAGGGACGCUCGAGCGGCCGGCCGGGGCGGGUCCAGGCGGGGCGGUUAAAUGGAUCGUCAUUCCAGCUACAGCUUCAUCUGGCUACAACUGGAGCUGUGCGCCAUGGCCAUCCUGCUGACCAGAGGUGAAAUUAGAUGCUACUGUGAUGCUGCACACUGUGUUGCAACUGGCUAUAUGUGCAAAUCUGAGCUUAAUACCUGCUUCUCCAGACUGCUUGACCCUCUGAACAUGAAUUCCCCACUUACUCAUGGCUGCUUGGACUCUAUUGCAAACACAGCUGACAUCUGCCAAGCUAAACGGGCACAAAACCACUCUGGCACCACCAUGCCCACAUUGGAAUGCUGUCAUGAAGAUAUGUGCAAUUAUAGAGGACUGCAUGAUGUUCUCUCUCCUCCCAAGGGUGAGACCUCAGGACAGGGGAGCAGAUACCAGCAUAACAACAGCAGAAAUCUCAUCACUAAGGUUCAGGAGUUGACCUCUUCAAAAGAAUUGUGGUUCAGAGCCGCUGUAAUUGCUGUUCCCAUAGCUGGUGGGUUGAUCUUAGUGCUUCUUAUCAUGCUAGCUUUGCGGAUGCUCAGGAGUGAAAACAAAAGACUGCAAGAUCAACGACAGCAAAUGCUCUCCCGUUUGCACUACAGUUUUCAUGGACAUCAUUCGAAGAAAGGACAGGUGGCAAAGUUAGACUUGGAAUGCAUGGUGCCAGUAACUGGACAUGAGAACUGCUGCAUGAGCUGUGAUAAAAUGAGACAGACAGAACUCAGCAAUGAUAAAAUUCUUUCAUUAGUCCACUGGGGAAUGUACAGCGGGCAUGGAAAGCUGGAAUUUGUAUGACCAACUUUUUCUAAAUCUGAGCUAAACUUAAUAGGAAAACUCUCAAAGGCCUUUGGGUUCUGCUGGACAGGAGCACUUUAUCUUAAGCAAACUUUCAUUAAUCAUCUUUUGAGAAACAAAGAACCUUUGCAAACAGAAUCUUGGAUAUUUCCUCUGAAGGAUUCCAAAAGAUGUCUUAUUUGCACAGAGUAAAAUACACUUAAUCUAUUGUUUGCUUUAAAGUUAUGAAAGCAAAAAUUAGAAGUUGUACACACUGUCACCAGGGUUAUCUGAGCUGUGGGGAGCUGAGAAUUGAGCUAAAUAAUAAACUGUAUGAAAGCUCCUAUGUUUCCUGACUUAUUGUAAAGAAUCUUAAAUAUAUAUAUUUUGUCUGAAACUUCCUUGUGUUUUUUUGUAGAAGACAAUUGGUUUUUCUUUUAGAAAGCUAUUGUGAGGUGACAUUUAGUGCAAUUCUAUUCUGAAUGCUAAUCUUAAUGUGUCCUGUAAAGUCCAUCCUCCUGCAGAGUGGCAGAAGUGACUUUUUCUUUAUCCUGAAAGAGGAUAUCCGCGCUCUCUCCCCCUCUCUGUGAAUAUCUCAAAUAGUGGUGAGGCCAUAUUUUCCCUUGGCAAUAGAAUAAACUGACUAACUGUUCAAAGAGUAGGUUUUCCUCCCACCCCAACUUAGUUUUCCUUGUUGCAGCUAAGGCUCAUUACUUUGUUCUGUUCUUGACUAACUGUCCCUCUUCCUCUUUAUUUAUUGGAUUUAAUUUACAUAAAUAUAUUGUAUUCAUCUACCUAUACAGGUGGGAAGUAAAUCUUGUGUCUUGGCUCAGUAUGGCCAGUUCUCUCAACCUUUCCUUACAGUUCUUAACUUUGUGUUCUGUGUGUGUUUGUGUUUUUU